UACUCUCUCUGCUGCUCAUUUGCGUGGUGGGGGUAGUGACUGUGUUAGGAAGCUGGCACUUGUUGGGGAAAUCUGCGUCGUUCUCGGGCGAUCCACUGGGAUUCAGUGCCUGGCCGAAAGGAUGGGACAGGAAGUUCAUGCCGCUACGAACUCGUGGCAACGACUUUGACCCAUCUAAUUUACGUAUAGGACAUGCAUGGGAUAUCCAUAGGUUCGGUCGGCGGUCUGCUGAAAAUGGCCCGUUCAUCUUAGCCGGUGUUGAAGUUCCUGAUUGCUCUGAUAUUGGCCUCGUUGCUCAUUCGGAUGGAGAUGUUAUCUUCCACAGUGUGACGGAUGCGAUUCUCGGGUCCAUAGGGUUGCGGGAUAUCGGACAGUAUUAUCCCGACACAGACCCGGAAUGGGAAGGCCAGUCAUCAGACAAGUUCCUACAUGAUACAUUGAAAAGGGCCUCAGCCUUGGGCUUUCGGGUGAUAAGUAUAGAUGUCACGCUAGUGCUGGAGCGUCCCAAAGUGGGGAAGGUCAUGCCGGCAGUGGUGGAGAACUUGCGGAAAGCGAUCAACGAUAAUCGGGUUUCGGUGAAUGUUAAGGCUCGUACGUCAGAGAAGCUCAAUGCUGCUGGUGAAGGGAAGUCUGUGGAGGCUCAUGCUGUGGUGCUACUUUAUAAAGACAGAUAA